UUCUCGGAAACGAAGCACUGCUUUUCUCCGAAUCAAGUGUUGAUAUAAUUCUUCAUGAAAUCAUUGUUCGCGAUUCUAAAAAGCAGAGAUGCUAAAAAAAUACAACAUAUUCCCUCUAUUACGUGUAGGAUCUCUGCUUAUGCUAAUGCUAUGGAAUGCCCCAGCUGCUGGAAUGGACAUCUACGUUUCACCAAGCGGAAACGAUUCAUCACCUUGCACUAAAGAAAAGCCUUGCAAGACGCUGAAUGAGGCUUUCUUGCGCGUUUCUGGUCACAACUCGACAAGGAUUAAGUUGGAGCACGGAAAUUACACGAUGAAAAAGAGCCACAAUUUUACUAGAAUGGCAACGUUUGGCCUGUUUGGCCCGGGUUCAAAUCCAGACAAUGUAACCAUAACGUGUGAUGCAAACGCAAGCCUCUCGUUUACUCUUAGCGAGAAUAUUUCCUUCAAGGGAAUCAAGUUACUAAAGUGUGGCGGAUGGUUUGAGAGCUCUUAUGGAAGGAAAAAUUAUUCAGAUCUUCGGGGGGCAGAAUUCAUGGCAGCCCUAGAUUUUCGAUAUUGCAGAAAUCUUUCGAUCUCUGAUAUGGAAAUUUCGUCUUCGCCAGGAUUAGGCGCUAAUUUGUAUGAUGUUGGCGGCUUUGUGAGUUUUACAAACAGUACUUUUGCCGAUAAUAAAGCUGCUUCAAGUGAUAUCUCAGAAGAAGGAAGCGAACUGGAAAUACUUCCCAGGUACGUGCAUUCUGGAGGCGGUGUUUUUGUUAUUUUAAACAAGUACGGCGACAACACAGUGAAUGUGACGCCCAGCGAGCAUGACUCUUAUCAACACAACAACCACUAUUUGUUUAUCGAUUGCCACUUUCUAAGAAACGAAGCGAGAUGGUCAAACGUCAGUGAAAACAAAGAUCUUAAUACGCCGGAACGUCCUUUCAGCCAUGGUGGAGGAUUGGCAUUGUUCUUCAAGGGGAAUGCCUCUGGAUGCAACGUAGGAAUCAGUGCUUGUAAAUUCAUAGAUAAUCGUGCCUCGUGGGGAGGGGGUCUGCAAGUACUAAUGGAAGACAAGACCGAAAACAAUUCCUUCACGAUGGAGGAAACGACCUUUCUGAGAAAUAAUGCAAGUUUCUCCGGUGGAGCAGUACGCUUUGGAAACAUGCCACUCAAAUGCAAGCACAAGCGGCUUAUUUUGAACCAAUUCAUUAUCAGCAACUGUUCAUUUGUUCGGAACGAGGCUUUGUGGGGAGGUGGUGCCUCCAUCUUUGGUAGAACAAUCGCACACACCAAACAUCCAGCACCUGCUGUCACUCAGUUCCACUUUAAGCAAUCCACUUGGCAGCGCAACAAGGCAAACGUGGGGGCCGCCAUGGGGCUGUAUCUUUACAACUGUAAUGAAUACCACAUCGGACCGCAAAUUCCUUACCAUGUUUGUUUUGACAAUGGCACGGUGUUUCAGUUUAAUCAUGCUGAUCUUCAACGUGGUGAACUGAAAAUAGGACAAGGAACUCUCUACAGUUUGGAGGUGCCUCUGAUCUUCAAAAGCACCACGAAAUUUUGGAACAAUAGCAAGUCUGCGUUAGUUUUAGAUGGAUCGACCCUCGAAGUUCAUGACCAGUUAGAAUUCAUCAACAACACUGGGUUCAGAGGCGGCGCUAUAGCAAUGUAUGGCAGAUCAAGAAUUAUUUUCCACGAAAAUGCAAAAUCAACCUUUGAAGCAAAUAGAUGUCACGACAAAGGUGGAGCAAUGUACAUUCAAACCCCUGGUUCUCCCCUGGUAAGAUUCAACAUUCACACCUGUUUCUUUGCGUACAGCAACUCGUCCAUACAUUAUGAUGAAUGGAAUAUAACGGUCAUCUUUAAAGAUAACAGGGCACCCCAUCACGCCUCAGGAAUGUCAGUGUAUGUCAAUACACUUAAAAACUGUUGGCAAGUGGGCGAAAAUCGAAAAAACAACAGCGUGCUAAGAUGGAAGUUUGUCAAGUUUGAUAACUUGCCUGAAAAUUUCACGAACUUUUCGGGUGAAGUCGCGACAGACCCAAUAGAAAUUAAGUCUGUAAAAACAGACUGGGAGGUUGCCCCAGGUGAGAUUUUUACUGCAACCGUUAAAUUGUAUGACGAAGUUAAACAUCUCGUCCCAGGGAUUAUUGAUAUAGCAAUCAAUUCUUGUUCUGAAGUACAGCUCAGUACCACGUCAACAUUAUUUCAAACGGCGAAUGGAACCAUUACCGAUAUCAGUUUAAGCGGAAAAGAAGGAAGCAAAUUUUCUGUGCAUCUAAACUAUAAGGGAAGUCAAAUUUUAAGUACAGUGAUAGAGGAUCUCAAGUUAAGGAACUGCCAUGCCGGAUUUAGUUUUUCAAACGGAACAUGUAAAUGUAUGAAUCCCGUCAAAGACAAGCAAGCUAGAGGGGUGUCGCACUGUUCUCCUGAUGGGAAGGACCUUUACGUGAAACAGGGAUAUUGGGCAGGAAAGGUUAAUGGCACAUUUUCCACGUUUGUCUGCCCUGAUGGUUAUUGCGAAUCAUGGGAUUCAAGCGCUAAAGACUAUCUGUAUAAUGAGGAUCAAGUGUGCAGGCAGGGUAGAAAACAGGGGAGCAUACUCUGCGGACAAUGUGAAGCAAAUCAUAGCGUUACUAUUGGCGGUGAACGGUGCAAGCCUGAAUGUACGAACUUGUAUUUGUUACUGUUGAUUCCGUUUGCUCUGGUUCUUCUCCUGAUUGUCAUGGGGAUCAUGCUCAUAGAUCUUGACGUCUUUACUGGGUACCUAAACGCCUGGGUGUACUCCUACCAAGUCAUGAGAUACUUAGUACCAGAUGGAUUUCUAUUUAACAAUUUUAGCGAAUUUGUCAUAGCCUUAACCAACUGCCAAAUUAAAGUUGGGAGCAACAGUUUCUGUUUGGUCAAAGGUCUUGAUGAUGCUGACAAACUCAUGGUAAUGUACCUCAUUCCGGUGUACGUCAUAGUAAUUGUGGUCUUGCUAGCGAAGAUGGUGAGUGCUUUUCCAAACUGGUGCUUUAGCACACGGGUCAAAGCUCCAUUUCGUGGCAUAUGCACCAUCCUUGUACUCUGUUAUUCAGACAUCACCUAUAUUUCUCUCAGGAUUCUGCGCUUUGCCAAAGUUGGAUCAAGGGUCGUGCUUUACGUCAAUGGUGAGAUAGAGUACUUCAGUGGAAAGCAUCUCUGUUAUGGAAUUGUUGCCAUUCUCUUUGUGGUGUUCGUGUCAGUACUCUUUCCGUUGUUCCUUUUAUUUCCCCCGCUCCUGACAAGAGGUUUCCGUCCAGUCCUGAACCUGAAUCGCUGGAAUCCGUUCUUUGAUGCACUUCAAAGCUGUUUUAAGGAUCAAUAUCGUUGGUGUGCGGCCUUCUACUUUAUCUGCCGGCUUGGUCUCCUGGUGAUCUAUGAAUUUAUGCCGGCAAGUCUGGUGAAAAGACUUUUGUUGGAGGUGGCCUGCAUCCUGAUCCUGCUGAUCUUUGCAAUCUUGAGGCCCUACAAGGAAGCCCGUGAUGUCGAAGAGGACGAGGAGAGUUAUGACUGGAUGAACAAAUCUGACGUGGCACUCCUGACCACACUUUCCUUCAUCGCUGUGGCCAGUUCCCCGUACGAAAACAGCCUUGCGAUUACCCUUGGUGAAAAAGACGGGCUCAAAAUAUUCCUUAACAUCUUGUCUUGCGUUCCCAUUGCUGUGCUGAUGGUAGUAUUAGCCUUCCGUGUUGGAAGGAGAUACCUGCCCCCUUGUAGAGAACCUCCAGAAGAUGAUUUACCAAUUAUGUCCGAAACACCAGGCAGCAGCAGAGAAGGCCGCAGCCCACUCCCCACAGUGUCUGAAACUACUGAAACAUCUGUAACUCGACACAGCAGUAGAGGAAGCCGCAGCUUGACGGACAGGUCUCAAGCAUCCAAUUUUUCUAUGAUGGCAUAGAAAAUUCUACCAACUGAAGUUAAAUAGAAUUGAUAGCUACCUUGUCAAAGAUUAUGAUGACACGCAUGCUGAAAUCUUUUGCAUGAAAUGAAUGAUUUUACCACGCGAUUUGCGACUAGAUUUAAUUCUAAUGGCGAGGUACAAUCUUAAGUAGUCGUGGAAAAAGAAGCGUUUUGGACAAAUUUUUGCUGACUAGUAUUGGUUAUUGUAUGAUCAAAACUAUCAUAAAAUUGUCGAAUAUGAUUAGUUAUCAGCAGGCCCCAUUAAAGCACGAAUAGGGCACACCUGUUCUGUUGGACUAAA